CUCACUGUGGGACUCUACCAGCAGGCUUUACUACCCACCAAUGGUUGUUCAAGUGAAAUCACGCAUUCGCAGCAAAACCAUGGAAGGCAACCAGCAGAAAGUGGAAGCCAACAUUUUGUUACUCGGAGCUGAGAACGUUGGAAAGUCUGCUCUCACCGUGCGCUUUCUAACAAGGCGGUUCAUAGGAGAAUAUGGAGAUAUAGAAUCAAUAUACAGCCAUACUGACAAGAUCGACGGCCGUGAUAUUUGUUUCAACAUAUGGGAUUCACUUUGCCCGCAGAAUUGCGAGGAAUCAGGAUACAUCAGUGACAGACAGCUGCAGUGGGCAGAUGGCUAUAUCCUUGUUUACAGCAUCUGUGACCGAGCCAGCUUCAAUGUGGUGCGGCAGCAAGUGCAGUGCAUACGACAAGCCAAGCAAAAACUGGCCAGUACAGCUCAGAUCAUCAUUGUGGGGAAUAAAAGAGACCUCCAGCAUAGGCGUACAGUAUCCAGUGAGGAGGGCCGGCUGUUGGCGCUCUCUGCGGACUGUGGGUUUUUUGAGGUCUCCGCUGCCGAGACGUACCAUGGAGUGCUGAUGGUGUUUCACGAACUGUUUGAGCUCAUUCGAGAGGCUAGGGCACUCAAGAAGGGCCCUGCAGGGUUCAAAGGUAUCGUGAGGAGCAUGUCAGCAGUGUUUGGAAGAAAGCGGACUGAGUAGCUUCAUGUUUCCCCUUAAAGCGGUGGAAGAAUCAGGGAUAAGCCCUUUAUGGAAUCCAUAUUGGAACAAAGACUGAUUAUUGAUCUCAACUGGAUUUUUGCAAGUUGACAAUCUUACGGUUCAUGUAACAAUCAUCUGUGCUGUUUGUUGGACGGACAUGUUUGGCCAUUGCAUCGCUGUUGUUGUUUUUUUUUAGUAUCUCACGUCAUGAGCAGUACUACUAAGGCACCAGUCAACUUAAAAGUAGUUCAACUUUUCAAGUUCCAUUUUUCAUUCUGUUUUGGAAUGCAGAAACGUGAUCUAUGUGAACACCCCUUAUUCCGGAAUGUUCUAAGAACGUUCAAAUUAGAUUUAGGUAUAAAAGCAGAACUGUGUCUCAUUGCCCACUCUGUUUUUCAAUAUGCUGUAAACUGUCAGUUUUCUCUUUACUGUAGCUAAUAAGUGCAAUUGUUCGCUCAAUCCCUCUUAGUCCCUAUGCAAUUAAAUGAGACAGAUUCUAAAAUGUGGCCUCUAACACGCGAUACAAUGUAGCAUUUCUUUGUGAAAAUGUUUGUUUAAAUUGUCUUGCCCUAAGUUGUCCAUGCAUUAGUGUCAUAUAAAGUGCUAAAAGCUGGAGACUUUUUUUUACAGUCAUACAUUGAAUUGAUGUGGUGGAAUAUUGUAUUUAAAAAUGCCCAAAAACGUUCCUGACUGUGUUUUUAAAAUCCUAACUGUUUCAUUCGAUGCACUGGUGAUACAAACUGUCAAACACAGAUUGUUGUAUAUAUUGCAGGUGUAAAAACAUAUGCUUAUAUUGUUUUAUAAUAAAACAUGAGAAAUA